CCUUUCCUCAGCUAAAUUAAUUCCUCUAGCAUUUUACCUUGCUCUUCUGCUCCACAUCAUCUCCUUCCCAUCCAAAUUCCCUAAGCUUACCCUUGUCUAAUUAACUUCCAAAAAGAGGCACAUCAAGAAUUGGAGAUGGAUCGGGUGAUGAGUUUGGCCUCGCAACGAGCUGUGGUGAUCUUCAGCAAGAGCUCGUGCUGCAUGUGCCACACUGUCAAGAGGCUCUUCUGUGAGCUUGGUGUCAACCCUGCCGUCUAUGAGCUCGACGAGGUACGUGGGGGGAGAGAGAUGGAGAAGGCGCUUGUCCAGCUUCUCGGCCGCAGCCCGCCGCUCCCUGCCGUUUUCAUCGGCGGCAAUCUUAUUGGAUCCACGGAUAGGGUCAUGUCCCUUCACCUUGGUGGUAACUUAGUCUCCUUGCUCCGUGAUGCAGGUGCUCUUUGGCUCUAGAGUACAUGAGGAGCUACGAUCCUGAUAAAUAACUUGAAAGAGAUAUAUAUAUAUAUAUGUGUGUGUGUGUAUAUAUGAGAGAGAGAGAGAGAGGUAUUAGCACGCAUGCAUUAGAGAGUGAGGUUGAGGGAGUACUGACGUUUCUUCCUUUUCUUCUUCUCUUCAUGGAAAAAAUAUAGGCUACGGAAUAUUAAUAGCUGGUUGUUAUUGGA